CCGGCCGCCUAUAAACACGGAAACCCACACUGGCAAGGUAGCAGCACACAGAGAAAUGGAGCAGUCAACCGGCCAAGGAGCGCAGCCAGCCGUGGAGGUGACGCUCCGCCGGUUCACGCUCGCCGACGUGGACGCCAUGAUGGCGUGGGCGUCGGACCCGCUGGCGGCCGCCCCGUGCCGCUGGGAGCCCUACACCUCCACGGAGCUCCUGCUCGCCUACCUCCGCGACGCCGUGCUCCCGCACCCCUGGUUCCGCGCCAUCUGCCUCGCCGGCGACGACCGCCCCGUCGGCGCCAUCUCCGUGUCGCCCACGGAGGACGGCUGCCGCGCGGAGCUCGGGUACGUGCUGGCGCGCGCGCACUGGGGCAAGGGCGUGGCCACGGCGGCCGUGCGGCGGGCGUUGGCCCAGGUGUUCGGCGAGGUGGAGGGGCUGCUUCGCGUGGAGGCGCUGGUGGACGUGCCCAACGCGGCGUCGCAGCGGGUGCUGCAGAAGGCCGGGUUCACAAGGGAGGCCGUGCUGCGGCGGUACUGCGUGCUCAAGGGCAAGGUCAAGGACAUGGUCAUCCACAGCUUCAUCUCUACCGACGCGGUGCUGCUCGACUGACCGAUGCCUAUGGAUGCCAAAGAGAAAUUUGGUGGCAACUUGUGAUGUAUUACCUCGGUUUUAAAAUAUAAAUCUUUUUAAAAAGCUAAAUUUGCUUUUUUAAAAGCUUAUAGCAGAGCAUAGCUCAUGGUUAGUUGUAAGAGUUUUAAUUUUGCGUCUUUGUUCAGGUCCACUGUUUUUUCUAGUUGUUUCAUUCUUGUGGGUAUGAACUAAAAGUCAAUGAUUCCAUUGGAGUGGAAAUUGUAAAUUCA